GAUCUGAUUUUCCCCAUCUAUUUGAACGUUGACAUUUUGCCGUUCUCCUGGUCAUUGGCAUACCCAUGAUUGGGAGCGCAUGGGACUUGUGGGUCUAGAACCCGUAUUUGCUAUGGACCCCAUGCACCCAGUAUCCAGUGUCUUGGAACCACCCACCACGGUCACUCCACGGACGGAAUUUCAAGACAUUUUAUCCUUGUCUCUUUUGUUCAGCCCAUUUUCUCUCUCGUUGGUGCUGAGCGGAUGGGGUGUUUGUGGGAAAAAGCAAAAAAAAUGGAGAUGAACAAGGCAUAGGAGGCACAGCCAUUAAAUGUGUUACUAUGGAUAUUUGGCACAAUUCAUGUCUCUCAAACACAGCAAGAAAACCACGCAGUUAAAGAACGAGGCUUACCACUUGUAGAUUUUUGCCGUGACGCCGUGGGCCCCCCCUUUCCAACUGGCGGUUUGCUUUGUUCACGCAAAACAACGCUAAACGCUACCGCGGUCAAACGUCUUUCACUUGCAUUCAUUAACAUCCCCCUGCUAUUGAAAUUCCCUGACGAAAAAAGGUUAAGGUUCCCCCCCUCCUUCAACCUGAAACUCCCAGCCACCGUGAAGAAUCCUUUGUCAACACAAAACGAUGAAAAGGGAUAUUCUGAUUGUCGGAGCUGGUCCUUCAGGACUGGCAGCAUUGAAGGCACUCAAGCAACACAAUCAAACAAAAAGCUGGAAGCUUGUCGUCGCUGAACAACGAUAUGGAAUCGGCGGUGUUUGGUAUUGAAAAUUGAACUAUGAUCAGCAGUUGCACAUGAACAACGGAUGGGCCGAAUGUUGAUUGUUUUAACAAAAAUUGCAACUUCUAGGCUGCCGUCGUCUUUGACGCCCAUCCCACCGGACCUGCCCUCGUCCCCGAUCUACGACUCGCUCACCACAAAUUUGCCUCAUCCGGUGAUGGCGUUCUACUCCCAUCCGUUCCCCCGAGCCACUCCGCUUUUUCCCGGUCACCCCGUCGUAUUGAAAUACCUGCAGGCAUUUGCGGAACGGUUUGCUCUCUUGUCGCACAUUCGCUUUGGGCACAAGGUCGUGGGUGCAGAAUGGGAUCCUCGUGUUCAGAAAUGGCGGACAAGAUUUUGUACGCGGAAAAGGAACACGCCAGAAAUGGCUGACGCGUCUGAACACGAACGCGCAGCCAACGCGUCUGAGGAAAUGUACGACGCGAUUCUAGUGUGUUCUGGACACUACCACUAUCCCAAAACGCCGGAUUGGCCAGGCGUCAACGAGUGGACUCUGCAUGGGCGAACCUUGAUGCAUGCUUGCUACUAUCGGCGACCGCAACCUUUUCGCAACAAGGUGGUGUUGAUCGUAGGUGCAGGCCCUUCAGGGAGAGAUCUGAGCAAUGAGAUUGCGUCAGUUGCACGACAAGUGUAUCACUCUGUUCCUUGGGCAUGGCAUCCUGCACGAUCUGCAACACCCAUCGUCCAUACGACAUCGUCAGGCAUUGCUCUCAAGCCUCCCAUCCGCAGAUUCCACUCGAAUGCUAUAGAAUUUGAAGAUGGUACACAACUGACGGACGUUGAUAUUGUCAUUGCUGCCACCGGUUAUUUCUAUCGUUACCCUUUUUUACCUUCCAAUAUCCUCUACGAUCCAUCCCAAUCUCCAACCGCGCCUUCAAGUGCCUCCCUCUUUUGCGAUGGUUCUCAUGUUGAACCUCUCUACCAGCACAUGUUUCCGAUAACACCGACGUCACCUGCAGCUCCUAAUCUCAUCUUCUUUGGACUCCCGUCCAAAGUUGUUCCUUUCCCAUUGUUUGAGAUCCAAGCGCUUGUUGCAACUAAUCUCCUGUUAGGUAAGAAGCAACUUCCACCCUUUGAUGCCUUUCAGGAUAUCCCACAUUCGCAUAACCUGCCGAACGAGAAACAAUUUGCAUAUUGUAAUAGCCUUGCUGAAUGGGGUGGCGUAAGAGAUUGGCAGGUCAAGGACUGGGUAGUGGAAAUGUACGCUAAAAAAGAUAUUCUGCGGAAAACUUGGCAGGAGGUUGAAAGACGAGGUGAGCAGCACCUCCAAGAGUGGAUUGGAGGCGUGGAAGGAGAGAAUGAGUGGGUCAAUGUUAUGAGACGAUUAAUCGCAUUGGGAGAAGAACAGGCCAGUCAGGGGUGAUUAGGAGUAUAUUCAAUACGUCUAAAGCCUGAAUGGCUACCGUCCUCGGAUGCAGCACCCUUCGACGGUCAUUUAUAGAAUCUUGCAUAUUCUGAUAUCUCCAUAGUACAGGAAGAGAUUGGGCCUCACACAUCAUUUACCCUGGGCAAAAACUGAAAUUCUAACUGAUUGUCUAUAUUCCACCCGCAGUAAUAGUUCUGUGAUUAGUGUAGAGGUGACAGAAACUGGCACUAGCUACUACACCA